ACUUGCCAAGACAGACUCAAUUUCUUUCCCUCUCCGCAGAUCUAAGAGCUCUCCCUCCAUUUUCUGCUCUGUCGCUCUCUCUCAAGCACAAAGAAUUCUAGAGCUCAGCUCUGCUGCAUCAGAUCGAAGCUCGACUCUGGCGAGAUGGGGACGAGUGGGAUCGUUGUCGAACCGGCGGCCGGAAGAACGGUGAGGGGCGGCGCUAGUGCCGGUGCUGGAGAACGAGAAGAGGGGCUGGAUCUCUUCUUGAGGAGGCGCAGCGCCACUGUGGUCCGCUCGCUCGGAGAUGGUAACAUCCAUAAUGGAUCGAUCAAGAAUUUAUCAGUGGGAUCAGCGAUUAAAGGCACGGCCAGAGCGGAUGACUUUUUGGAUGCAGAAAUGGGAAAACAUGAUUAUGAUUGGCUUCUUACUCCCCCUGGAACUCCUAUUUUUCCUUCCUCGGAUUCCACUGAGAACCAACAGACUUCAACAGGUACAAAGAACCCAUCGAUUGUUAAAUCAGUCUCGACUUCCAGAGCUUCAAGGGUAUCAGCUUCUCAAUCAGAUAAUGGCCACUCUGCUAGACCAACCAGAAGUAGCUCAGUUAACCGUUCAUCUGCCUCAGGUGCUCAUUCAAACUCCCUAAUUAACCACAGAACAUCAGCUCUGAACUCCAGCACAGUAUCCGUCACAUCCAGACCAACAACACCAUCGAGACCAUCCACUCCUGGAAACCAUUCUGUUUCUGUGUUAUCUACAAAAGCAUCUGCAGUUUCUCGUUCUGUUCAGGCACGCUCCACCAAUCCUUCGAAAUCUAGGCCAAACCUUACAACUCCUGGAGAAAAGAUCCGUCCCUUACAAAAGUCUAGACCCUCAACACCCAAUGGCCGACACCAACAUUCUUCCGUCUCUGGCACAAAUAUCAAUUCAUCUGUAAUCCGAUCCACCUCCAGGCCCUCGACUCCGACACACCGACCAAACACCCCUGGAAUUUCUUCAUCGGCGGCAACAAUAGCAGGGCGAUCCCCAUCAGCUGGAAGGCUGCCUUCAAUCCGGAACUCUGUCACAUUUUCACGUCCCAGUUCCCCUGGAGUACGCCCGAGAGCUCCUCCCGUGAUGCCAAUUGAUAUCCCAGAUUUCCCUCAUGAAACUCCUCCAAAUCUGAGAACGAAGUUGCCAGAAAGGCCAACUUCUGCUGGUAGGAUAAGACCAGGGAUGGCCCUGAUAGCAAGGGCAAGCUCAAAUACUGAGACUCCAGCUACUGUUGGAUCAGGCCGCAGGCAAUCCAUGUCUGUUACCCGAAGUAAGUUGCCAGAGAGCACCAUGAAAGUUCAAUCUACUAAAAAUUAUCCAGACACUGAACUGCUUGCAAUUCAAAAGCCAAUAGCUCCAGAUCCAGGAGUCCGGCGGGCUUCGAAAAUAAGCUUGACUGAGAGCACUGGGUUUGGUAGAACACUAUCAAAAAUGUCUUUGGACAUGGCGCUUAGGCACAUGGAUAUCAGACAAAAUAUGGGAGGAAUCCGAGCUAAUUCCCUUUUUCCGCACAGCAUCCGCUCCGGAAAUGCUCCUAAAUCACGCCCAACUCGUGGCACAGAACCCAUAGCUCCAGCCACAAACAACGAACCUCUUUCAGAAGUUCAUAUUUACAACAGAAAUGUGUCGGAGAAUGGAGACUUUGCAUUUAAACAAAUGAACAAGGAUUGCCUUGUGGCAAAGGAGAGUGAUUUUGAUAUCCGUGGCAGCUCUCGGUAUGACGCAAUGCUUCUGAAAGAGGAUUUGAAGAACACAAAUUGGCUACACAGCGUCGAAGACAAGUCUGAUCAGAGCCCAGUUUUUGACCACCGGUUUGAGCCGCCGCCGGAACCUUUUGGCCCUCUGUAGUUGUUGGGCUGCAGAGUAGUGAUUAUUGAAGAGCUGAUUCCCUGUACUUGAGCAAUGGUUUGAGCCACUGCUGCCAGCAAUUUUUUAUCCCUCCCGCUCUUCUGUUGGUUCUCAUUCGUAGUUUUGGGAAAUUUUCUCUUCUGGAACGGUUAGUCUUAAUCUAAAACGAUCGCUUCUCUAUUAAUUCUACAGUAUGGAUCGCCAUGAAGAGAAGAGUAUAAAGAUAUAGCUACAACGACUAAAAUACUCAUCAGUUCUCAAGUAGAAAUCAUUGGAUAGUGGCCUACUAUUGUUUAUUUUUCUGAGUUCAAUGUUUGGUUGCUGGUCGCUAUUUGGAGACAGAGGGGGAGGAAAAUAUUUUAAUGUAAAAGCUCCACAAACUCCUAAAUCUAAAAUGCCUUGAAAAAUUAUGGUAGUUGUAAUAGGAGAUCACUCAUUGGACAAAAAAUUUA